AUGACUCAAGUUCUGUUUACUGUGGUUUGCACCUUGUUUGUGGUUGUACAGAGUAGUGAGUAUGAGGAGCUGAUCCCUGGGUUAACUGGUAAGAGAUUUGGACAGUAGCUUUAUCUGUUUUAUGCAUUUCAUGAUAAAAUAUAAGGGCUAAUGGUUAAGGAUAAUAAAAUUAUUGCAGACAUUGGCAUGAAGCUCCAAGCCAAGUACAACCGAGGCUGGUCCAAGGCUGACAAAGCUGUUCUCCAUCGAGUAAUUGCUUCGGUUGGCCCACCUAGCAAUGAGAAAGUCCAAAAUCUCCUCGCGAACGAGACGAUGUUUAAUAUCUACAUUGAUAUUAUGGACGAGGCUCUUAAUAUGACCGAUGCUGAUGAUAGGGUCAAAAAGUUGGUUUUGUCGGUAAGAAGGACCCCUCUAUUUUUGCAUUCGCCAUUUUUUUAAUAUUUUUUAUCAUUAUCACUUAUUUUUGUUACUGUAACUUCAGGUAGAAAGGGCUGCUCCUCAAAUGUUUCCCAUUGCAUUGGCCGGAGAUAACGCUACUGUCGAGGAGCGCAAAACUUUUGCCAUCGCUUUUACCCCGGCUAUCCUCGCAUUCGAAGAAAUGACCAAGGAAAUGAGAGAGGAGAUCAUCAAGAAAGUGCCCUCACUUACUGGGGUUUUGGCUGGUAAGAAUAAUUUUAAAUGACCUAAUGCAAUCAAAAUGACGUAAAAUAAGUUUUAAUUUUCAGACAAUGAAACUCGACAUGCAAUUCGUCUCUUGGCUGAUCCAGACUUUGAGGAGCACGUGAGCACACAAAAGCCUGAUGAAACAGAUGUAGAUCAGAUGUCCGAAUCGGCCAAACAAUUUAUGCACCAGCUGAUUAUGACCCCGGAAAAGUUUAAAGAAGCCAAAGAAUCCGCUGAAGAGUAA